CCGAAAGCUUUACAAGAGACUUGAUCCUUAGUCCUCGAGGAGCUGAGGAUGUCUCACAUCAAAUAUCUGCAGUUGCAUCAUCGACAUCUUCGGAUAAGGCAAAAGAGUUCAUCGCUAAGACUAAGCUGCCUUCAGAUGUUCGGAGCUACGGGUCUUAUGAGGAAUUGAUUCAGGAUAAAGACAUCAAUAUCAUUUACGUCGCAACACCACAAUCUAGACAUUACCAAGAUGUUAAAUCAGCGUUGGACGCCGGAAAGCAUGUCCUUUGUGAAUCUUCUCCAUCUCAUUUAAUGCCCCAUUUUAUAUUAGUUACUAUCAAUGUCUUGCAAGCUAUCCGCUUGGCAGAACUUGCAAGAGAGAAGCAGCUUUUCUUGAUGGAGGCAGCUUGGACCCGCUUCUUUCCUAUCACAAAACAAGUCCUGAAAAUAAUUCACGAGGAGCGUCGUAUAGGGAAUGUGCGUCGAUUGAUUGCAGACUUCUCUCUUCGCAUAGAAGACGAGCGGUCCCGCCUACAUGACCCCUAUUUGGGAGGUGGGGCUCUGUUAGACCUAGGCUUCUAUCCUAUCACCUGGGGAAACUUGAUCCUACAUAAUCACCCCGAUAAUCAGAGAUCGACUCCAAGAGUUACUGCUACUAUGGUCAAGACCAAGCGUGGGGUUGACGAAUUCACCAGCAUCACGCUUUACUAUGAGAAACUCGGUGCUGUGGCUCAUUUGACAACUAGCUUGGCUGCUAGGACGACUGCACCUCACGGUGUACUGAUUCAGGGUGACAAGGGAUAUUUGGCACUCUCGGGGGUACCUUGUAGACCCGAAGAAUGCACAAUCAAAUUGGAUGGCCAAGAAGCCGAAAACAUAAAUGUUGAAUAUACUGGUCAUGGAUUAGCCUAUCAAGCUGAUGAAUGCGCUCGCGCCAUCCGGGAUGCUGCAAAGCUGUCAGUGUAUUCUAGGAGACACAGAGAGGUGACUUACUGCUACAAACACCGCACUGACGACAAUGAUGAUACUUCCAAUGAUACUGAGACCCAUCGUCAGGAAGAGCUGGGUGAUGAAUCCAAAAACUCCAAUACCAAUAAUAAGAACAGCAAACAUGAAAUUCUGUGGCCAGACUAUCGGAACUCGAAGGAUAAUCAUUCCGAGGGAGGAGACAAUGCAGCUCCAAAUGCAGAAGAAAGAAACCGAGUGGAGGAUUACUUACAAGCACCAGUUCCUCCUAGAACACCUAUCAAUGCGACACUGGCACAACAGGUCAAUAGAUAUAGCUUAUACAUGACGGAUACUCACCCAACCGCUAUCAGCCUUUGGGUUGGUGUCCCUUUCUCGGCCGGUGGUAGUUCCGUUUCGGACGGAGCACUAUUUUGA